CCUUUGCUCUCGUUAUUUGUAAUAAUUCGAUAAUUAAGCAGAUCUAAAAAUAAAAUCAGCCAUGAGUAGAGGUGGGAGUUAUGGUGGUGGACAAAGUUCCUUAGGCUAUCUGUUUAGUCCUGACGAGCAACCUUCUAAACCUCCGGCCGGGCAGACUACUGUUAGCAUUCCUCCGUACGGUAUCGACACCACCACAGAGAAAUCUCCUGAUACUCAAUCUUCUGGGAAACAAAACGUUUCAAACAACUACCAAAGGUCUCAAGGCCAGAACUCUGGCAACUUCAUAACUGAUCGUCCUUCAACAAAAGUCAAGUCGGUUCCUGGUGGAGAUUCCUCACUGGGGUACUUGUUUGGAGAUAAGUGAGAUUAUUAAUUAUUAUAUAUUUUCUGCUUAUAUAUAUAGCUGCUUUGUGGAGUUUGAAUAAUAACAUGUACAAAUAAGGGAUUCAGUUCUCAUCGGCACUCUCUCAUGCUCAAGCUCAAGGUCAAGGUCAUCUUCCUCCUUCCAGUUUAUUAUAUGUGAUGUUAAAACAUCAUCUAGAUUUGAACGUGUUGCAGAUUAUGUGGAUAUGUGCAAUUGUAUGAAUUCACAAAUAAUUGCUAUUUCAGUGUUUGUCUUGUGUGA